AGGCCUCGCUUAAGGGACGCCAGGUAUAUAAGGUCCCGACGGCCGCCCUUGCGUCAGUGUGGCGACUCUCCUGACUACAUCAUGAAGACUCUUGUUCUGUUUGGCGUGAUUGCCGCGGCCCUCGCUGCCCCUGUUCCCGAUGAGAAGGUGGUUGCUGUGCACGGCGCUGUGGCUCCUGCAGUGCUGACCUACGGUGCCCAUGCUUUGACCCACGCUGUGGCUCCUGGCGCAGUGUCCUAUGCUGCCCCUGCUUUGACCCACGCUGUGGCUCCUGCUGCAGUGUCCUAUGCUGCCCCCGCUGUGCACCACGCUGUGGCUCCUGCUGCAGUGUCCUAUGCUGCCCCCGCUGUGCACCACGCUGUUGCUCCUGCUGCAGUGUCCUAUGCUGCCCCCGCUGUGCACCACGCUGUGGCUCCAGCUGUCGCCUACGCCGCCCCCACCCCAGUGGCACUGCCCCCGGCCGAGGUCAAGGUCCCCGUCACCCGCACGCACGUCGAGGUCCCCGUCCACCAGAAGGUCCACUAUGGCACCCAGAACUACGUCGCUGGCGCCACAACCACCAUCCACAAGCCAUCCCUGGCUGCGCCUGCCAUUGCCCCGCCCUCCACACUCCUGGCUAAGGUCACCCACAAUGCCCCUGAGCUCACCAUCCAGCGCCAGGAAGUGCCCGUCGAGAAGCACACUCCCAACUUCGUUGACACUCCCUACCACGCUGGCACCAUCGUCAAGUACACCGAGCCCGAAGUGCGCGAGGUCAAGGUGCCCACCCCAUACGCCCAGCCCGUAGCCGUGCCUCAGCCCAUUGCCGUGCCCCAGCCCGUCCCCGUGCCCCAUGCCGUGCCCUUCCGUCAAACCGUCCACUCCGUGGCCGUGCACAACGCCGUGCCAGCCGUCCAUGCCCCAGUCACCGUGGUCAAGGCUGACUAUUAAGCCUUGAAGCCGGUGCAAAGCCGCAGAUAUUCACGUCAAACAAGAGCCUCUUCUGAUGUACAUUCUGUACCAUAUGAAUUUAUCAAUAAAUGUAUAAAAUGCC